AUGCGCCUGAAGAAAGUGCUAGCUGGUACUGCUGCAAUCAGAGUGGCUGAACAACUCCUACAAAUUCUGGGCUGGUCAGAUCUAUUUGAUUAUAAGGCAAUAUAUCCUGGUUGCAAAAUUACCCAUUUUAAAAGAUUUCAUAAAUUGUCUGGUAUAGAGUAUGCAGAUAUGGUGUUUCUUGAUGAUGAAGAACGUAAUAUCAACGAUAUCAGUCGAUUAGGUGUACAAUGUCAUCUAGUUGAACGUGGGAUCACGUGGAAUCUCUUUGAACAGGCUUUAAAAGAGUUUGAACGUAAAGGCAAACAUGCACACACCCAUCCACUAAAUGACUGUUGA